AGAUACCCGACUAAAAUUACAUUGCACCACUCAGUGGCAAGAGUUGUGCAAUAUCCCAGCGCAGGUAUAUAUACCGCCGUUUUCAUUUGCCGAGAUAUCCUUUCCCAACGUCUGGGUUGGACAGCACAUCGAAGAGGGAUCCCCUCUACAUUUUUCACAAGAAACUUUUAUUUUCACCCUUUUUUUUUAGUUCACCUGGUUGGUGUUGGUUAGUGUGAACACUCAUAACCAAAUUGUUCAAAGUCCGUUGUCCAAUUAAGGUCACGAAUUCGGUUGUGACUAUUCCAGUGAACGGUUAUAAAGUGACAAGUUCGUUGGGAAACGUGGAGGAAGUGUCAAACUUACCAAAUCAAGGGAAGUUCUACCAUAUUAUGUUCAAUAACCCUCAAAGUAAUUGUCAUUAUUUCAAUACUGAGAGCGGUUGUAAGUUUGGGACUAACUGUAAGUUUUUUCACGUGACUAUUCCCCCUCCUAAUCCAGCAAAUAUAAAUCAAAAUGAAACAGUAAGAAGGAACGUCGACUCUCCACCACAGUCAACAACCUUUUGCUCCAAUCGGACGACGGACCACAGCCAUGAAGAAACAGUAAGAAGCACAGAUCAGCUUGUUUCUCCAGCGUUGUUAUUUACAUCUUCAAGUCUCACAAGAACACACAAAGAUGGCCCAGUGAAAAGCAAAGUUGUUAAUCCUUCUCGUGCUUUAGAGUCAAACAGUCCAAUUUCUUCAGGUGAUGCUGAAGGAAAUGGAAGUCAGAAUGAAAGUGGAGCAAAGCCCUGCUUUCAGUUCAAUAAAUAUGGACAAUGUCGAUUUGGUGCUAAAUGCAGAUUCAGUCAUGGAUAUAAUCUGAAAAGAUCGGAUCAAGAUGGCGAGAAAAAAGGUACCAAACAGGUGAAGGAAACUUUGCCUGAAUUAGCAGCAGAAACCACACCGCAUGUGGACAGACCUAAUGGAUCAAAGCCAGAGAGGAAAACAAAGACCCCAGUGACAUGCCGCUAUUUCAUCACUGGUCGAUGUAGAAGUGGAGCAAAGUGUAGGUUCUAUCAUCCACAUGGAAAUGAAAAACUAGGUGGUACAUCGGCUUACAAGACUACAGAGGACAAUGAAAUGUCACAGGAAAGUGGACACAAAAUUUCUGAGGAGGUUGUAUCAACAUGUCCAAAAGAUUCCAAAGUCCAUGUUACACCCAGACCAGCAUAUAUCCCUACAACAGUAAAAAGAGAAAUCAAGCGUGACAAAGUUGGCAUGGAAGUCAUCAAAAAACUUCAAGCAACAGAAAUCGAGCAGCUGAAGAAACGAUUCCCAACAGAUAAACUGACAACAAUUAAAGAAUCUGAUAAUGGGGACAACAUUUACCGUCUUAGCUUCAAACCAUCUGAUCCAGACUGGCCAUUCGAUGUCAAUGUAUACGACAUUCAACUGAAAUUUCCUCAAAAUUACCCAAUCAAGAUGUUUAAGACAGAGUUACCAACUGACCAAGACCUUCCUGAAACUGUGAGAAGGUAUGUGGAGGCUUCUAUCUGUGAGUGGUUGGACCAUAGAGAGACUGAAUUGGAGACCAGAGGAGUUCUGGAGCUAACAUUCCGUCCCUUCAUUCACUGGCUGGACAAAGAUUUAGAGGAGAUUGUUACAGAAGGCCUCAGACAGCUUCAAAGAGAAUUGAUGGCAAAGGCAGCUGGCUUUGAGUUUAUUCCUGCCAGCGUGCUGAGGGAUCGCCUAAGGGAAAGGAACUCUGGAGGAUCGCAAGAGGAAGAGACAACAGAAAGUGAGGAAGACAGUGACUCUGGGAAAGAGAUGGAAAAUGUUGUUGUUUAUAGAAAGAAAGAUGAGGAGGAAGUAUACAAAGGUCCAGAGGCAUAUAGUUCUGAUGAGGAUGAGGAUGAAGACAUGGACCUCGUAACAGGAAAGUUUGAGGAGGCCAACCUAAAUGCUGAAAGGAAAGGAACAGAAAUCAGACUUCGCAACCUUGUGAUGAAAGAAACAGUCUCGACAAUGACCUACACACAAAUUAAGAUCAUUGUCCAGUGUUCCCGCUGUAAGAGCAACACUAACCUCUUGACCCCUGUUGGAAGGGUCAACUUGCUUCCAUGCUUCAAGUGUCACUCCCAAAUGCUGUUGACAUUCAGACCAGCCAUUAUGCAUCCCUACUCCUCAGUCAUGGGCUAUCUAGACCUUGAAGGAUGUGUACCUUUUGAUCUCCUCCUACAAGACUCUGCAUACAAACUUGGUUGCAUGAAUUGUAACAAGGAGACUAAAGUUGAUAGUUUGUAUCCUGGUCAGCCAAUGGACACAUGGUGUAAGUCAUGCCACCAGAAACUCCGGGUGGCAGCAGAAGAUGCCAAGUUCACAUUGCUGCUGCCUACUGGUGUGGAGACAGAGAAAACAAAAGUUUAUGAAGUUGAUGUGAAGAAAGUGAAACGGAUUGUCCAGGACCCCGUCAUCAAGUUCGGCAAUCCUCUUCCUGAUAAUGGCACCUGCAAGCACUACAAGAAGAGUUUCCGUUGGUUCAGAUUUCCCUGUUGUGGAAAAUGUUAUGCUUGUGACCUGUGUCAUGAGGAGGGGGAGGAUGGACAUGAGAUGUUGCUAGCCAAUCGGAUGAUCUGUGGAUUUUGUUGUCGGGAGCAGCCAUUUGCUUUGGAGAAACCAUGCAUAUCUUGUGGUCACUCUAUGACAAAGACAACCACUUCUCACUGGGAGGGCGGAAUGGGCUGUCGGGACAAGAUCCGCAUGAACAAGAAUGAUUCACAGAAAUAUUCAAAUAUGAACAAAACUGUGUCAAGGAAGGCAACUGAGAAACGGCAACCAAAUAAAAAGAAAAAUGUCAAACUGAGGCAUUCUUCUAAGUAGUUUACACAGCUGUACAAAUGGACACAGCUAUUUGACAUCUGUAUUAAUCCACAGCUGUACAAAUGGACAAGGCUAUUUGACUUCUUUGUAGUCUACACAGCUGUACAAAUGGACACAGCUAUUUGACUUCUAAGAAGUCCAUACAACUGUACAAAUUGACAGCUAUUUGUCAUCUAUUAAUAUUACAGAACAUGAGUGGAAUUGUACUUUGUUAAUUAUUUCUUCUCGUAAAUUGUCAAAGUUUUGUUCUUGUUGUAAAUUGUCAAAGAUUUUGUUUUGAAUGUACCCGGCACAAUCCUGUAUCUUUUGAGCUUUGUUAAUACA